AUGCAAGAUUCCUUGGAUUUUCUCAAGGAGGAACCUCUGCAACACCAAUUGAGGGUCUUCUUCAAUGCUAAUCCUCCGGUGUCGCAGAAAUUGGUUUUCUACUUGCUCUCUUACACUGUUCCAGAAGCAUACAGAGAUCUAAAGCCAGAACUCCAGAAUGAAAUACUCGCCAAACUACGUAACCUUAUAGGGAUUGGAGGACUUGUUAAUAGAAUGCGUGAUCCCCCCAAUAGGGCCUGGUUGCUGGUGUAUGGAGAGGUGCUUGAACGAGUUCUUGACGAUACUGUGAUCUGCUCGUUGGUGGUUGGAGAACGGGACCCGCAGCGACUUCGUUUGAUAGACAAACUUAUUUUCAAAGGAGGGACCCUUGGUGUUAUCAAUGAAAUUGUGGAUCAAGACACCAAAAGAGAAAGUAUAUAUAAUAGUGAUUCUUAUAGUGCCUUCUUAAGCAAUGGGAUCCUUCAAUUGUGUCAGAAUAGCACGGUUCCCUAUAAGGACAUUUCUUCGUUCAUGAUGUCUACUCUCGGUGUUACCGAGUGGUCUUACAUUCAGUUCUUUGAUGUGAUGUUUACCCAACUGACAAUUGAUAAUCUCUGGUCUUUACUACGGAUGUUACGACUGUUCGAGCUUAAAUCCGUUUGGCAGAAAUUAUUAUGGCAUUACCUCCCAUUUAGAUACUUUACUGUACUGGAUGAUGCUAACGACAAGAUCGUCUCGUUGUGUCGGAUUCUUGAAUCUUACGGCAAGAACCUUUCUGGAAUUCUUGAUGUUGAUUUCAUCGAAAGAAAUUUGAACAAUGGCAGUAAUACCAUGGCUAUUAAUAAGCUUGUGGCUUACCUUAUACCAAGUGAUAUGAUAUCUAGUUUCAUAACCAAAUUACUCCGUGCAAGCGGAGAUAAGAAUGCCUUAAAGUCAAAGCCUAUCAGUUUACAAGCUCUGGAGAUUCACUUGAUGAUUCAAUUGCUUAUAAGAUCCAAGAAUGCGUACUCUACAAAGAGUCUUCUGAAGAAUCCGGUAUUCUUGUCUUUUGUUUCCAAUAGGUUGGAAUCACUUUCGAAUAAUGUCAAGAUGAUUGGAAUAGUGUUUGCUGAAAAGCUCUGUGAACUCACGGGAGAAGAUAAGAUCUUCAAGUUUGAUACUGUUGAUGAAUAUGGUUAUCUUUUGGAUGAUUCUUCAUACAUUUUACCAGAGCAAACCAAUGCUGAUGCUGAUGUUGCUAAAGACUUGAGUUCGUGUUGGAAAGUGUUGAGUGCUCCUCAAGUAAUAGAAAAUGAACCAGAUAUUGAUGCAAACAUUGUUGAUGAUACCAAACAAAUACAGAACUUAAGUUUGACAGAAUUGAACGAUAAAGAAUUGGAUUCCGAUAUGGAUCCAGAUAAUGAAGAUGGUGAUGGUGAUCCUUCGUCAGUUAAACCUUCAAAGCCACUUUAUAUUAAAGACUUAUUGGAGUAUUUGACGGUGGAUACAAGCAAUAAGCAAGCUUAUGAUAAACGGAAAUUGGCACUUACUGUGGGUCCCACAUUAAUCCGUCAAAAGGCCAAAUUUGGUAAUGAAUUAGCUUUGCUCGCUGAUUCACUUUAUACCACUUUCAUUGCCUUAGAUAAUGCUUUUGAUGAUGACCAAUUCUAUGAUUGGAUUCUUCAAAAUUUAGUGGCAGUAAUUGCCAGUCAUUAUACUUCAUCAUUGCAUGUUUGUCGAUUGCUUCUUAAUGGUGAUUACUCUUUACAACAAAGAGUAAUGAUCUUGACCUCUUUGACGUUGGCAGCUCGAGAACUUAAAGGUAUCCAAGACGAUCUGGUUACCAAGUCAUAUACCAAAACUCUGUUCCCCACAAACCAACUACCACCCAAUGUGCAUCGAAUUUUUGGAAUUGUUGAUGGCUUGGAGUCUCAAAUUCAAGAUGAACUAAUGCUUGAAGCCUCUAAAGAUGCCCAAGAUCAGAUCAAUGGAGGGGUUGGGAAAGUUUUAAGAAUGUCAAGCAAACUAAGGAAACCAUCCGCAACCACUACCACUGACAUAGAAAAUUCAUACCGUCCUCCUUUCAUUGAUAUCUACUAUAAGGUUAUUGUUGGACGAUAUUUUUUCUUCCCACUUUGCAAUGUUUGGUAUGAAAGUCGGGGAAUUAAUAUUGGGAUAUAUUCAUCUAUUCUUAAGUCCCAUUUCAUAAAGACCCUUUCAUUGAUCUUGCAUUGCAGUUAUCCUUCUUCGACUGACAUCCACUCUAUGGUUCGAGAGUUUUUGUUGAUUAUCACAUCUCACAUCAAGCAGGUUGGUGUUGAUGAAAUACAAUUAAUUGAAAGUAUUUGUACCGGGGUUCUUAUUGCCUGUGAAGUUUGCGAUGAAAACUAUCUCGUGACAGAAUUCUAUAACGAUCUAACUAUUUUUCACACUUGGCUAUCGACUAUUUGGGAACUGAUAAUUGAUAAUAAAGUCAAAAGCAUAUGUGCCGGAGUCUUAUUGAAGAUCACUGGGUUAUUUGAAAAGCAUAAUCGAUUAAUUGAAAACCAAUUGAACAGUAUGUAUUGA